GUCUUAAUAUGGAGUCCAAUGACUGUGUGAUUGACUGCAGUGUUGAGUGUUGUGUACAUUGAGUGCCAAUUGAGUGCCCAAUGAGUGUCUGUUUGUCGCGCAAUGAUCGGGAAAUGCAUUGAAAGAGUGAACCACUGAUUGGUUUGCAUUGCGUUUGCCGUCACCUGAGGACCAGAUGCUAUGAAGUGGUGAUCGCAUCCAUUGGUGGACACAACGGGUGUUGUGAAGAGAGUGGCAGUGGAAGUGUUCACUCAAGUGACCAUACCAUGAAUGGUGUGAACAGUAUCUGCGACUCAGUCGCCAAUCAAUGGCCGGAAGCGCCCGAUCUUCAGUUGGACUGUUUGUCCAGUGAUUCCGACUCCGACUCGAGUAGUGUUGAGGUUGUGGUCAAUGAGAACAAUAAGCAGUCGUUCGGUGAGGCGAUGGGCGCCGACAUGCGUGACAUACAUGAGCCCAAAGCUGGUCCGUCGCAUGACUUGACGGCCGCCUUAGGGGCCAAACGAGACCAACCGCUCAGCUCUUCGGCCGCCAUUUUAGUGGAUUUGACGCAAUCGGACGACGAGUCGGCCAUUGAGUCCAGUGCUAAGCCACUGAAGAGCAGUCGGACGACCAGUGCGUCGACCACUCAGACGAUGGGUGGGAAGCGUGUGGCCGACCAUCACCGGCACAGUCGCGACCACAACGACCUCAACCACUCCCGCAGUUCUUGCAUCCAAUUGGCGCCACCACUGCUGCCCAAUGCGUCCCAACAGCACAUGAACUCAAAUAUAUUUAAUUCAAAUUAUCAACAAUUAAUGCCUGAAUACCAGAGCUGUCGAUAUCAUAACCAAAACAUGAGUAAUAAUGUUAUGAACAGUAAUAUGAAUAAUAAUUAUCUCAAUAAUAGUAAUCAUAAUAUGACUAAUAAUGCAAACAAUGGUAAUCUGAAUGUCAAUCCAAACCCCAAUCCCAACGUUAGUUCCGUUCAAAACUACGGCCAAAUGGGCGCCAAUUCAGACCCGUUUACGCCUAAUGUGAUUGACUUAACGCCAUUCAACUGCAACUUCACCAACAACUCGAUGAAUGCCAAUAACAACAUGACAUCCAUGGCCUCGACAGUCCAGUGCCCACACAAUCACGGCUUCUAUUCGGCGAAUACUAGUCCUAUAAAUAACACACAUUUGACUUAUAUUCCAAACAUACCCUCAAUGCCUUCUAUACCAUCCAUACCCCCGAUGGCACCCAAUAUACCUCCAAACGGCUCCAAUGUGUCACAGUAUGGCCAGUACUUCAGUCCACCGCCGGCCCACCUCCCGCUCCACCCCUACUCAAUACAUCCGCAUUCGCGCCUCCAUCCCAACCAACAACGGCUUUGGGUCGCACAACAGCGCAUGAAUGAGAUGCAGAGACAGCGACAGUCCCUCUAUCAGCACCAGAUGUUCGUCAGACAACAUGAGGCCUAUCAAAGACAUCUGUUGGAGUCAUCGCACGUGCCAAUGGCACCGAUGGCACCGUUCGUGUCCGUGGGUCAGCCACAGCCACCCUCUACUCCUUCGGCCACUUCGGGAAUAUUUGUGUGCAGUUCGGAUGCAAACCUUCCCCUAAACCUAACGCCACACCAUAACCACAAUUCCAGUCCAAACAUGAGUGUGGGUGCGCUCAACGCUAACAUUCCGCAAACGUCGACCCCUUCCGGUCUGACGAACGACACGACGUGUCACAUGUCGACCAGUGGGUCGUGCAGUCGUCCGCAACAUUCACCUCCACCUCAAAACCCCCAGCGAUUGGUCGGCAUGACUAACAUGUAUACUCCUAACCCACCACCAAAUGGUCCAAACCUACAGACGGGCGCACAUCACUUGUCGGCCGAAGUUCUCGUUGACCCUAACGGCGCGUUUCAGAGCGAAGUUAUCAUACACUCGACGCCCGACACCGCACAUUCCCAUCUCCAUCAUCACGUCCAUCAGCACCACUACCACCCGACAGCACAUCCACCGAGACUUCACUUUGGAGUCUCUCCGCCCGGUUUCCAUAUAUCUAUAUCUCCCGCAGGAAUUGUUGCGCCGCCAUACGGUCCCCGUUCGGGUGACGUAUACGCGCCACUGCCGCCUCCUUUGGCUGACUUCCACCAAAGCUAUCACUAUAUCGGACCUCUACUGUCACGACACAUGACAGCCCGUCUGGACGAGUACUGGCGUCUGAUGCAAACGCGACACUCGAUGAAUAGGGGCGCCUCACAGACCAUAAUCGAGAGAAACACUUUUCCGCAUAAAUAUAAACGAAUUAAAUUAAGUACUCCUGAGGACGACUGUACGGAGAAGUGUACCAUUUGUUUGAGUGAAUUCGAGGACAACGAAGAUGUCAGGCGCCUGCCAUGUAUGCAUCUGUUCCAUAUCGAGUGUGUAGACCAGUGGUUGACAACCAACAAGCGGUGUCCCAUCUGUCGCGUUGACAUUGAAGACCACAUGAAGGACUUUGGCCUCAAUUCGUGACCCUUUGGUCUCAAUUAUUCCAAUCUUUAGCUCAAAUCUAAACUGUUUUUGAGUUUUUUGUUAAUAUUAUAUUUCGAUGAGUUGUGUAUUUAUGAGAAUUGUAUCACUUAUAAGGUUCUGUAUGUCUGGACUUUUGAAUCAUGUGCUGCUUUACCAUUCAAUUAUUCAAUCCUUAAUCGAUGGCAUUAUCUGCUCAACAAUUAUUACAAUUAUUAUUAUUUUUCUAAAAUAGUUAACCUAUAGAUGUGUUAUAAUAACAAUUCGAGUGAUUUGUUUUUGGGGCCACAAAACCGAU